ACACAUUGUCUCGCUGAACAAACUAUUAAACGAAUCACAGCAGAAAGGAAAAAAUAAUAAUAAUAUAAUAAUACCGAGAAGAAGAUUUGUAGGAGGAUCAAGAGGAAGAAGAAGGUCAAUCAACAAAAGAAUUCGAAGAAAAGUUAAUAUCGGCGGAAGAGAGACAUGGAUCCGGGUCUUUGUGCAAAUGGGUGUGGGUUUUAUGGAUCUGCAGAGAAAAGAAACUUGUGCUCCAAGUGCUACUCAAUUUUUCUCAAAGACCACACGAUUUCUAAAUCAAAAGCAAACAUUGAUCUCCAACAAGAAAACGACAACACGAAACAGCCAUUAAUAAUUCUGAAGGAAAACAAUGAUCAAGUCAGAGCUCAUGAUAAUUCAGAGAAACAAACAUGUGGUGAUAUAAAGAGGUGCAAGACCUGCAACAAGAAAGUGGGUCUGACCGGAUUCAAGUGCCGCUGUGGCGAUGUUUUCUGCAGCCGCCAUCGAUUCCCGGAACAACACGCUUGCAAAGUCGAUUACAAGUCGGCCGGCCGGCAAAUUUUGGCCAAACAAAAUCCGGUUUGCAAGGCUGAUAAGUUGGACUACAGGGUUUAAUAAGUUUGUUUAUUAGGGUGAUAUAUGGGGUUGUCUUCUAUUGGCAUGCAAUUUAAUUUGUUUGUAUUCAUUCACCAAAAAAAUUUAAUUUGUCUAUAUUGUAUAUAGUACUAUUUUUAAAAGAAAAUAUUGUGUAAUUUCAGAAUAAUAUGAAAUUCCCAAAUACAUAGCUAUAACAA